GGGGAUCAAAGGGUCUUUUUUAGAGCGAGGCUAGCUAUCCUCAUAUAAGUCAAUGUUGCUGUGUUUUUUUUUUUUUUAAAAAACCCUCAAGAUUAUUGGACCAAGAUAGCUGGAUUUACUGUAAAAUAAUAUUUUGUGAUUAAAUACUUCAUCUUCUGGACACAAAGGAAGGAUGGAAACCCCGCCGCUCCACAAAGCCCUACUGAAAAGGCAAGUGACCGUCAUUCUUAUUCUAUUACUGUGGUGGGAGGGGGGCAGUGCAAUCAUUAAGUAUUCUAUUCUAGAAGAGAGAGAAAGCGGGUCUUUCGUCGCCAAUCUAGCGAAGGAUCUGGGACUAGACAUAGGGGAGUUGGCCGCGCGGGGCCCCCAAGUUAUCUCGGAAGGGAACAAACAGUAUUUGCAGCUCCAGCAGAAGAGUGGGAGUUUACUCCUUAAAGAAAAACUGGACCGGGAGGAGUUGUGCGGUGACACGGACCCAUGUGUACUGCAUUUCCAGGUGUUCUUGAAAAACCCGGUGCAGUUUUUUCAAGGUGAACUACAGUUGCAAGACAUCAAUGACCAUGCACCAGCAUUCUUGGAAGCGGAAAUCCUCCUGAAAAUUUCAGAAAAUAGCCACCCAGGGACUGCGUUUCCCUUGAAAAUAGCGCAGGAUUUGGAUGUAGGCAGCAACACGGUGCAGAACUAUACAAUUAGCACCAACAGUCACUUCCACCUUUUCACGCGCAAUCACAGCGACGGCAGGAAAUAUCCAGAGCUGGUGCUGGACAAAGCCCUGGACCGCGAGGAGCAGCCUGAGUUCAGGUUAAUCCUCACAGCCUUGGACGGUGGGUCACCACCCAGGACUGGGAUGUCCCAGGUUGUCAUCCUGGUCUUGGAUAUCAAUGACAAUGCCCCUGAAUUUGCUCGGCUGUUUUAUGAAGCUCGGGUUCCAGAAAACAGCUCUGUAGGUUCCCUUGUCAUCAAGGUUUCCGCUAGAGAUCCAGAUGCUGGAACCCAUGGGGAGCUCUCCUACGCCUUUUUCCAUCCUUCAAAUCAAGUCCUUCAGGUUUUUGAAAUAAAUGAACGUGUGGGAGAAAUUCGUUUGAAGAAACGUGUAGAUUUUGAGGAAACCAAAUCUUACCGGAUGGAAAUCGAGGCCUCAGAUGGUGGAGGUCUCUCUGGGAAAUGCACUGUGGCAAUAGAAGUGGUUGAUGUGAAUGACAACGCCCCGGAGCUCACCAUGUCAUUGCUCCUCAAUGAUGUCCAAGAAAAUUUCCCUGAGACUGUGGUUGCUAUUUUCAGAAUUUCAGAUCCAGAUUCAGGGAACAAUGGGAAAAUGCUCUGUUCCAUCCAGGAUCAUCUCCCUUUCCGUCUGAAGCCAACCGCAGAUAAUUUCUACACCCUAGUAACAGAGAGGCCACUGGACAGAGAGGAGAGAGCCCAGUACAACAUCACCAUCACCGUCACCGACUUGGGGUCCCCCAGGCUCAAAACUGAGCACACCAUCAGGGUGCUGGUCUCCGACGUCAAUGACAACGCGCCCACCUUCACCCAAACCUCCUACACCCUGUUCAUCCGGGAGAACAACAGCCCCGGCCUGCACCUGGGCACAGUCAGCGCCACCGACAGAGACGCGGGCACCAACGCCCAAGUCACCUACUCCCUGCUGCCGCCCCGCGACCAGCACGUGGCGCUCGCCUCGCUGGUGUCCAUCCACGGGAAACCUGGGGCUACCUCCCCACAAGCAUUGCUAUUACCCCGCUUGUUUCUAAGGAUUUCGAUUGCUACCAUUUCCGAGAGCCUUCAGCUGGGGAGUGGAAGCGCUUUGGAAGACUCGCGAAGAAUGGAGGCCGGCGGGGAGCUUGCGGGGCAGAAAAGGCAAGUACUCCUUCUUUGUGUCUUUCUGGGUGUGUCCUGGGCUGCCGAGGCAAGGCUCCGCUACUUUGCGGCCGAGGAAACUGAGAGGGGUGCCUUUCUGGCUAACCUUGCAAAUGAUCUGGGGGUGGGGGUGGGAGAACUGGCAGACCGAGGAUCUAGAAUCGUUUCUGACCAGAACACACGCUUUUUGCUACUCAAUCCGCGGACUGGUGACUUGAUAUUAAAUGAGAAAUUGGAUCGAGAGGAACUGUGCGGCCCCACGGAUCCCUGUGUGCUGCCUUUCCAGUUAUUACUGGAAACGCCAUUCCAGAUUUUCCGUGCUGAGCUGUGGCUGAGAGACAUCAACGAUCAUGCUCCGGUAUUUCUGGAUCGAGAGAUUCCCUUAAAAAUAUUAGAGAGUACCACACCGGGGGAGGCGUUUCUCCUAGAACACGCGCAGGAUUCAGAUGUUGGAGUCAACAGCCUGAGUAACUACACCAUCAGCCCGAAUGCCUAUUUCCAUAUUAAUAUCCGUGGUAGCGCGGAAGGGAUGAUCUAUCCAGAAUUGGUACUGGAUAAAAUGCUGGAUCGGGAGGAGGUGCCUGAGCUCAGUUUAACCCUCACAGCCUUGGACGGCGGUUCUCCGCCUAGGUCUGGAACUGCCCUGGUGCGCGUCCUGGUAGUGGACAUAAAUGAUAACGCCCCUAAAUUCGCGAAGCCGCUCUACCAGGUGCAAAUUCCCGAGAACAGUCCCACGGGCUCUCUAGUUGCCACCCUGUCAGCCAGUGACUUAGAUACAGGAAGCAAUGGGGAAAUCGUUUACGCAUUGUUUCAUGCCACUGAAAGCAUUCUCAAAACGUUUCAAAUCAAUUCAACCUCUGGCGAUCUCCAUCUCAGAGCCCCGUUGGACUAUGAGGCAAUUCAAAUGUACACACUAACUGUGCAGGCCACAGACGGCGGUGGACUGUCUGGGAAAUGUACUGUGGUAGUUCAGGUAACAGAUAUAAAUGACAACCCACCCGAGCUGCUCCUGUCAUCUCUUAAUAGUCCAAUUGCAGAAAACUCACCUGAAACAGUCGUUGCUGUUUUUAGGAUUAGAGACAGGGAUUCCGGGAACAAUGGGAAAUUGAUGUGCUCCCUUCCAGACCAUCUCCCCUUCGUCCUGAAGCCAUCAGUAGAGAACUUCUACACUCUGGUCACAGAGAAGCCUUUGGACAGAGAGCUGAACGCUGAGUACAACGUCACCAUCACCGUCACCGACUUGGGGUCCCCCAGGCUGAAAACCGAGCACACCAUCAGGGUGCUGGUCUCCGACGUCAAUGACAACGCGCCCACCUUCACCCAAACCUCCUACACGCUGGCGCAGGCCGACGGGCUCACGGUCUACCUGGUCAUUGCGUUGGCCUCGGUGUCUUCGCUCUUCCUCUGCUCUGUGCUCCUGUUUGUGGCUGUGAGACUGUGCAGGAGGAGGAGGGCCGCCUGGGAGGGUGGCUGUUCGGUGCCUGAGGGGCACUUCCAGGGCCACUUCGUUGGCGUGAGUGGCACGGGCACCCUGUCCCAGAGCUACCAGUAUGAGGUGUGUCUGACGGGAGGCUCAGAGGCCAGCGAGUUCAAGUUCCUGAAUCCGAUUGUGCCCAAUAUUCAGGCACCAGGCCCGAGAGGAAUGGUGAAGAAAGCGCCAACUUGAGAAAUAGCUUUGGAUUUAAUAUUCAGUAAAAAUACUUGGUGGGCUUCAGCGGUACUGCGACUGUGCCUGACUUAGGCUUCUGGGACCAGUCAGUUCAAGUUCCCCAAACCAGUUACCCCAAUCUUCCCACCUCUGGGCAUUGAGAGAGAAAAGGAAGAACUCUCAUUUCAGAGUAAUUUGGAUUUUUGAUAAAGGAAUUUUAAAAGUGACGUAUCUGUGAAUAUAUUCCUACUUAGAAAUUUAUUGAGACACCUGUAAAAAAUGUUUUCAUAUUAUUUCAAGUACUUUGAAUAUCGUUUUCGUUACACAGAAAAAGAUUCAACUUUGACUGUAAAGCAACCCUCCACAAAGCAUGGAAUUUAUGUGUGUUGCAUUUUACUUUAAAGAAUUGUUUUGUGCACAUUAACACAUAAUAAAUGUUGUCUGAGGUGUUUAAAAAUG